AUGCCCGCUGCACCGAAACAUAGACCCCUGGCUCGCGGCGAUGCUUGUCAGUCGUGCAAGACUCGCAAGAUUCGAUGCCCAGCGGAGAAACCAUCGUGUGCAAAUUGUCUCAAAAAGAACCGAGAAUGUAUAUACAACUCGACUCCGACCAGUGCCAGCGACAUCUCACCUCCCAUUCCUACCUCCAACGUUCCUCCCAUCCCCGCUAUCCCCACCCACUCCUCUUCAUCAUCUUUAGACUUAGCCCCUCAAUUAGACGUGAACAGUACACCAGGUCGAAGAGGUUCGGCAAUGUCUCCUUUUGACAUAUUGCAGUCCAACUCCACCAUCCCCACUUCAUACAACGCCAGUCCAUGGAGUCAGGAUACCAGCAUGAUAGGUGUGCUUCCAAGUAUGAUGGGACCGGUGCAGACCAUGCCGUCACCUUGGAAUGAAGUAGACAUAACCUCUUUGUUAGGUCAAGGUGUCUUAGAUGGCGGUUUGGCGUGGACGGAAGAGACGGAGCUGAGUGAGGUGGAGAGGGACCAUCUCCUCCUUCUCUACUUCACAGGCCAGAGAAUCUUUGGAGUGGACAUGCACAUCUCUACCUUCUAUUCACGACUUCAGUCACCUGAUCCAGCGCUACGUCCUCAUCCGUGUCUACUAAACGCAAUAUAUCUGAUGACAUGCAGAGGUUCACCUCUGGAAUCACUCCGACGUCAAGAACCAACCUUCUUGAAGAGAGCGAAGGAGCAACUGGAUCUCGCUCUCAAGAAAGUGGAUCACGUAUUUGAUGCUAUCCGAGCAGGGAUUAUGAUUGCCACCUGGUACUUUGGCUUGGACAGCCAUAUGGAGGGCUUGGCAAUGAUGGGUCUUACUGUUCGAGUUGCCAUAGCGUCUGGUUUGGAUACCAUACAGUCUUCCGUUGACUACAAGUGCGAACUCACUCCCGGGGAGGGUAGAAAACGUGACAGUCCGGCUCUGUCUCAGCUGGAACUAGCAGAUCGGAUCUACGCGUUCUGGACUUUAUACCUAGUCGACAGAUGUACUUCCAUCGCAUUUGAGCUUCCAGGUGGAUUUGACUUGCAAAGGAUCAAGACACCUCUUCCACGUCCAUGGGCAGAGUAUGAGACUAAUGACCCGCACCUUGCUUCAUGCGAUCAGCAUGUGACUGACUUAUUCGUCGAUCCGCCUCCAAUUACAUGCGAUAAGAUGCAUCUGCCUGAGGUCGGGUAUGUCCUCUUCGCUAUCGAAUUGAUGUAUCAGGUAUCACGCCGGCCCGACACCGAAGGUCAAGAGCGACUGGGACAUGCCAUCGCGAGUUUCAACAAGACGAUACCUCCGGAGCUGAGACAGACGGCCACAUCCUCAGAUGGUAGACCGACCAUUACUGCUGAUACCGCGACUUUACAAUUCAUCACUCUCUGCACAGAAAUGCUUCUUUAUUCGAUCGACUCGGUCGAUCAACCCAAUCCAAGGGCUUUAGAAGCGGCCAGGAAGAUACUGGGUGUUUUGCAUUUACAGAGAGAUGCAGACAUCGGCGAUGUCAAUCUGUUUGCAGUGAUAAUUUGCUGUCGAGUUGCUACGCUGUUGAUCUGGGAAAGUAAGCGAUUGGAAGCUAACGGGGAUCUGUUUGCCGCUGCAACUUACGUCAAGGACGUGCAGUUCAUAAGUACCUAUAUACAACGGUUGGCAUAUACGAACCUAGCAAACGAAGCGCUAAAAGGAAUCGAACGAUGUUGCAAGCUCGAUUUGGCCGAUCUAAAACCUGAACGCGAUACGGAGAAAGGUGGUACAGCUAAGCAGAGACUGACCGGGAAUGUGUAUAGACGUCAACGGACCCUGUCACGCAGCUGA